AUGCAAGCAAUCGGAGCUAUAUCAAAAUCCCGGCGGUUCAUUAGGGUUUUGAAAAACCCGUCGCCGUGUUUCUUUAACUCACCGGAACGAGUCAAAUUAUCUCAAGCCGCUGAAAAUUGUUCUGAACUCAGCUCCCCUGCUCUAUGCCGCCGCUUUCACUUCACAUCCUCAGGGACUCUCCAUGGGAAUCAUUUACCAAUGGAAUCAUAUUGUCAAGAAACUAUAAUGCGAAUUCCAACACAUAUAAUGCUGACCUAUGCACCAUAUUCUACGGAAGCGAAUGUGGCUGAAAAUGAUUCUGCAGGCACUGCAAAGGAAGUAUAUGAUAAGAUGCUGAAAUGUGUAGCAGAGAAAAAGAACUGCUCCGAAUGCUUGGUUGUGUUGAAUGAUAAACAACACCGUGAUGUCAAACUCAUGGUAGAAGCGAUGAAACUUGUGAAGAAGAAUGAGUUAGCUUUGCAACCUGGCAAGGCAGAUUUAGUUUUCAGAAUUUGUUACGAUACAGAAAGGUGGGAUCUGAUCUCUAAAUACGGAAAAGGGUUUGUCACAUCAGGAGUAAGCCUUAGACAGACUUCCUUUGAUUUGUGGAUGGAAUUUGCUGCCAGGAAAGGAGAAUCUGUUUCCUUAUGGAAAAUGGAGAAGUGGAGAUCAGAAACUAUGAAACAGCAUACUCUUGCAACUGGGUUUUCCUGUGCUAAGAGUGUUUUAAGUCGUGAUAUAUGCACAGGAAAGAAGGCAUUGUGGAAGCAUAAUUUAUAUGGAUUGACUCCUGAUAUCGGAUCUGCCCAUCAUCUGUUGUUGCAUGCUAAACAACACCGUGAUGUCAAACUCAUGGUAGAAGUAAUGAAACUUGUGAAGAAGAAUGAGUUACCAUUGCAGCCUGGCACGGCAGAUUUAGUUUUCAGCAUUUGUUAUGACACAGACAGGUAUGAUCUGAUCUCUAAAUAUGGAAGACGGUUUGUCACGUCAGGAGUAAGACUUCGACAGACUUCCUUUGACUUGUGGAUGGAAUUUGCUGCCAGGAAAGGAGACUCUGUUUCCUUGUGGAAAAUUGAGAAGUGGAGAUCAGAAGCUAUGAAAAAGCAUAGUCUUGCAACAGGGUUUUCAUGUGCUAAGGGUUUCCUCCUUGAAUGCAAGCCCGAAAAUGCUGCUGCAAUCAUUCAAAUACUUAAUCAGAAUUUGUCUGAUGCAAAAAGGACAGGUAUCGUGGUUGAACUUCAAAAGCUAGUUAGUGAGUGGCCUUUGGAAGUUGUAAAGCAUCAAAAGGAAGAGAACAGAAAGCCAUUGACUGCUGCAUUACAAAAUGAUAUUCCUGCUAUGAUCAAUACAUUAUCGAGCUUGGGCGUGGACGUGAAUGUUGAUAUGAAGAGCCUGACAGGGAAUCCUCGGAAGCAUCCAAAACAUGUAACAAACUGA